AUGAAACGAGAUAGACUGAUGUUUGCUUUCUUCACAAUUCAAGCAGCUUUGUUGCUUUUAUCUAUAACUUCCAUCCACAAGGAGGAUAGGGUCAAGAAUUGCACACCCAAAAAGGAAAGCGAAUGUUUAGUUCCAGAGUCAGUGUGUGAGGGAAAGCUACAGAAGAAACCAUACCUGUGGUAUCAUAUCAAAAAAUAUCCGUACAUUUUUGGUGCCCCUUGCAGCGUUGACGAGGAACCGUUUUUGGUUGUCCUAGUGAUAUCUGAUCCUCGCGAUUUCCAGUCCAGACUGACGUUUAGAAAAACUUGUGGAAAUGUUUCGGAAUACGUAGGACAAUCAGUUAAAACCGUCUUCUUUGUAGGAAACUCGAAACUGCAACAUGUAGAGGAAAAAAUCGUAAGGGAAAGCGAGCAGUUUGGAGAUCUAAUUAAAGUCGAUUUUGUUGACACGUAUAAGAAUUAUACACUGAAAGCUAUUCUCGCACUUCGUUGGGUAGAAGAGUACUGUCCUAGGACGCGUUUUGUCCUAAAAAGUGGACACGACGUCUCUGUUAACUAUAGAGGUCUCAUACGGUUUCUGACAAGACGUCCGGCAGAAAAGUCUGGAAAUCUAUUCGUUGGUUUUAAAUAUGUAAAUGCCCCUGUGGAUCGCAAUCCACGUAGUAAGCACUUCCAGACCCGAGAGGAGUUCAGUGACAGCAGAUACCCACCUUACGUGUCUGGAUUCGCAUCACUUCUUUCCUAUGACGUCAUCAAGCUUCUUCACGCAGCGUCGUUAUGGAAACACCUUUUCAUAGAAGACGUCUUUUUAUCUGUCCUGGCACAUGAAAAUCACGUCAGACUUGAACAUAAUUCGGCUUUUAUGAGUGAACCAGAGAGUCUUAACUUCAGUGACCUAUGCCGUGUGCGAAAUAUGUUGGCAAUUCACAAAAAACCUAAUGCAGAGAUUUGUGACCUUUAUAAAGACGUAGAUACAGUCUGCAAACAGUAA